CUUUUUUUUCCCUUGAAGCAACACCCCACUUUGACUUCACUUCCACCGAAAACUAGUUUUCUCAUUCUGACAGGUUUCGUUGUUUGCCUCACGACUUCUUCAUCAUGGGGUACGUCGAUCAUGCUGUUCGUCGCAGCCUUGAGCACCCGCGUGCCAUGAACUUCAUCCGGAGGGCAGUUGAAAAGGCACCCGAAGUAGAGAUCCCGAAAUGGGGUGUUGCUGUUUUGGCCAUCACCCUCAUCGUCCUCAUCCUCGGCGUGAGUGCUAUUGAAUACACGCUCAAAGAUGUCAUUGCCACUCUUGCCAUGGUUGAGACGCCCUCGGCCGCCAUCACCGUCUCCCCAUCCUCAGAAUCCCCACCCAAAGAUGUGAAGGAAGACCUUCUUGAGACCGGCCCUACCAUCACGCUCGUCCACACGAAGCCCAUUACCUCCAGCAUCCGUGGAACGAUUCGACACCUCAUCUCUCAGGCUGGCCGCUUCUCGCGCUGGCGAGGUAUCAAGUCCUUCCUUCUCUACAACUUGUGCUUUAGCAUUGUUGGCAAUCUCAUAGAGUCCAUCCUUCCCCGCGUCCCAGGCCGUCUUAUUCUCGCCUCCGGCCUUGCUGGUGCUCUCUGUGCGAACUUGCACGCCGCCUGGACCCACAAGGUCAUCUCCAUGCCUUCGGACACUAAGUUCCUGCGUCGCAUCCCCGCCCGCUCUAACUGGAAGCUCCUCGCUCUCCCUGCCGCUAUCAACGCCUCUGCCGGCUACCUCUCCUUCUAUGUGGCCCACGGCUCUAGCAUGCUUCUCGGCCUGCACCGCAUCCACAACCAGAACCCCGCCGCAUUUUCAGGUGCCGAGUGGGUCUCUGUAGUCUUCCGUGUCCUCGCCGUCAUUAUCAUUGUCAUCUCCUGCUGCCUCUUCAUCGUCCUCCCCGCCCACGUCACCCAGAUCCGUGUCGAAGCCUCAAUCCUCCCCGAAGACCAAGACACCAUCAUUCCUUUUGACCGCACCCUCGGCGGAAAAGUUGUUCCUAAGAUCUUGGGCGGAACGGGCUGCGUUGGAUUCUUGGAUGCGUGGAGGUCUUUCAACUGGGAGGCCCGUCGCCGUCUCAUUAAGCUUUACACUAAGAUCGUCUUGAUCAUCACUGCUUUGGUGUUUGUCGUCGCUCAUAUCAUGGCUUUUGAGACUUGGGCUAUUAUGGGACCAGCUUUGGGCAAGUUUUUGGCUCAGGCUAGACAGCAGGGUUACAUUGCUUGAGCGUAGGUACGGGAUGUCGGACGCUUGAAGACAUCGAGGGCAUGGCGAAUUAAAGAUCGCUAGGAUAAGGGUUUAGUGACGGUUAAGGUUUGAGCAGGCGUGUCAAAAUGAAUCCUAUUGAGUUGGCGUUUCGGAAUUAUUGAUAUGCAGCAACAGGAUUAUCGGAAUAUGCAAUACAGGCCCUUCUCGACUAUCUGUAUGUGUAUGGUCUAUAGCGCAGAUCAUGAAUCCAAUUCCUUUGUAACGGAACCUAGUAAGCGUUUCGAAAUAUGUUUGAUAUUUUGUGAACAUAUUCGGGAAUCUGUAAAUGUAUUCCUUGAGUUCUUAUUCUCAAAAUUUACAUUUCUAAGUU